CAAAGUCCAACCCACCCCCCCCGGUUGUCAUUUCAGGAAGAUGCAGAUUUAACUUGUGUCCGCCGAUCAUGGAGCAGUAAUGUUACAACGUCGGGGAAGAUUUCGUAACACCUGGUUGUCAGCCAAAGCACGUUUUCUAUGUAGUCGACGGCCGUGCGGACCGACUGUCUAACCCGGUUUGAGACCACAGAAUAUGGACUGGACAGUGAGCGGCCGGGCCCUGAUGUGGUGCAUGUUGGCUUUGCUUUGCUGCGCCUGCCUCCCACAAAAGGGGUUUAGCAGUGCCAGCACAGUUUCCCUUCCUGACAGCCUGCUCUUUGUGUCCACCCUGGAUGGAAACCUGCACGCUGUUAGCAAGAAAUCAGGCUCCAUCAAAUGGACUCUGAAAGAAGAUCCAGUUCUUCAAGUCCCCACACACGUGGCACAGCCAGCUUUUCUGCCUGACCCCAAUGAUGGCAGCCUGUACUCUCUGGGAGGAAAAAACAACGAAGGCCUCACAAAAUUACCGUUCACGAUCCCAGAGCUGGUCCAGGCCUCUCCCUGUCGCAGCUCUGAUGGAAUCCUGUACAUGGGUAAGAAGCAGGACUUGUGGUAUGUGGUGGACCUGUUGACUGGUGAGAAACAGCAGACCCUGACCUCCUCCUUUGCUGAGAUGCUGUGUCCCUCUUCAUCUCUUCUAUAUCUUGGACGCACAGAGUAUACAAUCACCAUGUAUGACACAAAGAGCAGAGAGCUGCGCUGGAAUGCUACCUACUCUGACUACGCCUCCACCCUUCCCGAUGAAGACACCAAAUACAAGAUGGCUCAUUUUGUGUCCAACGGUGAUGGCCUUGUGGUGACUGUGGACAACGAGUCUGGGGAAGUUCACUGGGUUCAGAACUACAACUCUCCAGUCGUGGCCAUGUAUAUCUGGCAGCGGGAGGGCCUCCGCAAGGUUCCCCAUACUAAUGUGGCCAUGGAAACCCUGCGUUAUCUCACUUUCAUGUCGGGAGAGGUUGGCCGCAUCACUCAGUGGAAAUACCCAUUUCCAAAAGAGAAGAAGCCCAAGAAUAAGUUCAUGGCCACUUUGUAUGUGGGUAAAUACUCCACCAGUCUAUAUGCCUCUCCUUCUCUGGUGCAUGAUGGAGUCACUGUGGUGCCUCGUGGUAGCACCUUCCCCAUGCUGGAGGGCCCUGAUAGCCAGGAGACCGGCGAGGACAAGGAGUGUGUCAUCACACCCAGCACCAGUGUCAAGUUCAGCGCUGGGCUUCGAGAACGCAACCGUAUCAACUUCAUGAGGAACUACCUGCUCCUCAUAGGCCAUCAUGAGACUCCCCCUGAAGCUCACACCAAAAUCCUGGAGACGUUCCCUGAUAACUUCCCUCGCAAUCAAGGCAACGUCAUCCCCCCUACCACUGACAAGAAAGCAGAAGAGAAGGUGAAUGAUAGCGGUAUGGAUGAUGGCCCCCCAUCUCCUCUGCCUGAAACCUCAAUCCAAGAACCUGGGGCCAGUGGUCGCACUGUGCGUCCAGAAGCCCCUGUGGACUCUAUGCUCAAAGACAUGGCCACCAUCAUCUUCUCCACCUUCCUCCUGGCUGGUUGGGUGGCCUUUGUGAUUACCUACCCCAAAAGUAUGCACAAGCAGCAGCAACUGCAACACCAGGAGUUCCAGAGACAGAUGGAGGAGAGGUUGGAGCUGCUUCAGAGGCAGCAGCCUUUCCCCCCCACAGAUGUGGGCCUGAGUUUGACCCCUGACAGCGACUACAUGGAGGCGGCCCCAACUUGCACCGAAUGCUCAGACCACAGCAGCCCAAAUAUCACCCCCCGCGCCUCCAACCACUCCAACCUGUCUGUGUCUGAGCUGGGCAGUUCAGCCAAUGAGCCCGAACAUGGAGAUGAAGACUCCGGUAUUGUCAGAGUGGGCAAUAUAACUAUCCAUCCAAAAGAGGUGCUGGGUCAUGGUGCUGAGGGCACAAUUGUGUACAAGGGUCAGUUUGACAACCGUCCAGUGGCAGUGAAGAGAAUUCUCCCAGAGUGCUUCAGCUUUGCAGACAGAGAGGUCCAGCUGCUGAGGGAGUCAGACGAGCACCCAAAUGUCAUCCGCUACUUCUGCACUGAGAGGGACCGUCAGUUCCAGUACAUCGCCAUUGAGCUGUGUGCAGCUUCACUUCAGGAGUAUGUAGAGAGGAAAGAUUUUGAGCGUCAUGGCUUGGAGCCAGUCAUGCUGCUUCAGCAGACCAUGUCAGGACUGGCCCAUCUGCAUUCUCUCAACAUAGUGCACAGAGAUUUAAAACCCCACAACAUCCUGGUGUCGAUGCCCAAUGCCCACGGUCGCGUCCGAGCCAUGAUCUCAGACUUUGGCUUGUGUAAGAAGUUAGCAGUGGGCCGCCACAGUUUCAGCAGAAGGUCUGGGGUGCCAGGCACUGAGGGCUGGAUUGCCCCCGAGGUUCUCAGUGAGGACUGUAAAGACAACCCAACCUGCACUGUUGAUAUCUUCUCUGCUGGCUGCAUGUUUUACUAUGUAGUGUCCCAGGGCAGCCAUCCUUUUGGCAAGCCUCUGCAGAGGCAAGCAAACAUCCUACUCGGCAGAUACAGCCUUGACCACCUGCAAACUGACAAACAUGCGGACAUUGUAGCCAGAGAUCUGCUAGAGCAGAUGUUGAGCAUGGAGCCCCAUUGGAGGCCUUCAGCUGAGAGUAUUCUCAAGCACCCUUUUUUCUGGAGCCUGGAGAAGGAGCUACAGUUUUUUCAGGAUGUGAGUGACAGAAUAGAAAAGGAGCCGCUGGACGGACCAAUCGUGAGACAGUUGGAGAGAGGUGGGAGGGCUGUUGUCAAGGGUGACUGGAGAGAGCAGAUCACAGUGCCACUGCAGACAGAUCUGAGGAAAUUUCGCUCCUAUAAGGGUGGAUCAGUCAGAGAUUUACUGCGUGCAAUGAGGAACAAGAAACAUCAUUACCGAGAGUUGCCUGCUGAAGUGCAGGAGACUCUGGGCUCCAUCCCUGAUGACUUUGUCUCCUACUUCACCUCCCGCUUCCCCCACCUGCUGAUGCACACCUACCUGGCUAUGCGGACCUGUGCACCUGAAAGGCCAUUCCUGCCUUACUACUCAACUGCAGAGCAGCUUGCAAAAACACAGACACAGUACACACACCCAGAUCAACAAAGACAAAACAAAGUGACAUUUGAUUUAGCAGAGCCUGGGCAGGUCUGUCACGCAACACCUGCUGAAUCACCAGACGAGUCUGUAUCUUCACAUUUGCCAGUUCAGGUGGUUCAGCCACAAGCAGCAGCACCAUCCACACAGACUGACUUGCACAGUCAAACAAUGAAUCCUACACUUGCCCCAGACUCACCUACAGCUCCUCUCAGGCUAAAAGCAUCCGUUCAGUCUGAAAUGCACACACUGCCAGAUCCUCCUGGCCUGGAUGACGAACAGUGUGAACUGGACCAGAGUCGGAUGGACCCAGCACAGAUGGCAAUGUUGCCUUAGCGAGCAGACACCAAGCGGGUCUCAGUUGCUGUGCUGUGAUUCGGUGGGGACCAGGCCUGCAGUGCCUGGGAUCCACUGCCGGGUGCAGCAGCUACACCCUCGAUUAAGUGCCUUCUGCUUACCUGGGUUAAAGUGCUCCCUCAGAGAACCGUCCACAGGUCUGUCUAUGCCUAGAAGAAGAAUGACUUUUAACAGGGUGUUGGUUAUUGGAGCUGGAAUCAGCAAAGAGAUUUUUUUUUAUUUUAUAACAGCAUGUCCAAAAAACGGUUUGUCCCAAGAUAUCUGGCCUCUGCUGUGGGUAAUGUGUCUGGAUGUUGUUGAACACUUGGAUAGUUUUAUUGUGCAAUACAGAUGCAAUAUGUAUAUUUUUGUAUAGACUGAUUCAGAGUUUGGAUCAUUAAUGAUAAAUCAUUUAAUGUGGCCAGUGUGCCUUUUUAUAUCACUGUGCUGUAGGGGUACAGAUCUUUGAAAUGGACUAUGCUAAAUGUGCUUGAUUCCAGUUAAUGCUGCUAGACUGCUUCUCCUUUUGUAAACCAAGACUAUUGUGUGGACCCAGUAAGAGUGGACUGUUCCAGCAGGUGUUCAGGGUGGCGUCUAGGGCAGGUCAUUUUAUCUUCAUGUGUUUAUGUAGGCAAAUAUGAGUUUAGAGUUAUGUAACUAAUUUUUCAAGGGUCUCAAAGUGAAGUUAAUGACUUGCACAUUAAAUUCAAAUUUUUUAUACUAAGAUUUUUUUUGUUCUCUGAUCUUUAUGCAUCAACAGCCAAUCCCAAUCACAAGUACAUUUUUCUUUUUACUGCAAGCAAAUUAAUCAAACAUCAAAUUAAAAGAACAAACACAGUUAACCUUGGUGCCAGAAUGUGUGAAUUACUUCUCUCUCUUCAGGUCACACUCUGAUGUGUUACUAAAAAUUAACCAGAAACCUGUUUACAUAUGUAAAAUCUGUUUACACUGACCACUGUUUGCAUGAGUAGCAUAAUUUUCCCCUUUCAGUGCCACUGUGACUGUCUCUCUAUAUACAUCUCUGUUCACCAUAAGGAUUGUUUAAUCAUAUGACUUGUAGGAUGUGGCCUGCUUUUUGUUCUUCUCUUAUGGAUGGAAUUAACUCUCUCUUACAUCUUAAAUGAUAGAACCCUGGCUUAUAUUAUACUGUGCAAUACUGUGUCCUCUGCAUUUCUUUGGAACUUAAUUAUAUACUUAGUUUUCACAUUUUGUUGUGAAACGUAUUUCUGCUAUCAAUCAAAACAUACUAUCUAUGGAAGAAAUGCCAAUUCAUACCCGUACAUAUAACCCUUAGAAUC